AUGAAGACUUUGCUGGUUUCGGUUGUACUAGCUGUUGCUAUCAGCGCUGUGUAUGGAGAAAAUAAUUACGAUGGCGCUUCUGUGUACGAUUACCAUAGAACAGUUGGUAUUCCAUUAGCUAGCAAAGUAAAGACCGCUGAAGAAUUAGGUUUGAAAUACUACCCCAGAAUCGUUGGUGGUUCGAUCACUGAUAUCUAGCAAGUUCCCUACCAUGCUGGACUCGUUAUUACUAUCUUAUUCGUCCUCACCUCUAUGUGCGGCGGUUCGCUGAUUUCCAAUACUCGCGUUUUGACCGCUGCUCACUGCUACACGGAUGGCAUUUUGACUGCUCAGUCUAUCACUGUCGUCCUCGGUUCCAACACCAUCUUCACUGGAGGUCAUCGCAUUGCCACCACCGAUAUCGCAGUCCACCCUAACUGGACACCUUCAAACGCCGCUAACGACAUUGCUGUUAUUUACCUUCCUUCUCCAGUAAUAACUAGUACUGGAAUCCAGCCCAUCGUUCUCCCUAGUGCCGAUCAGCUUGGUAACGAUUUCAAUGGUUUUAACGCUCUUGCAUCCGGAUAUGGUCUAACCAGAGACGGUGGCUCAAUUCCAACGAGCCAAAGACUUAGCUCCGUGAACCUCAGCGUCAUAACCAAUGCUCAAUGCGCUGCUGUAUACGGCACCGACUUCGUCCAUGCCUCAAAUAUCUGCACCAGCGGUGAAGGCGGCAGAGGAACUUGCCAAGGUGACUCUGGUGGACCUUUAGCCGUUAACAUCGCUGGCAGACAGGUCUUGAUCGGAGUGACAUCAUAUGGAGCCAGAGCUGGUUGUGAGGCCGGUUUCCCUGCAGCUUUCGCAAGAGUUACUUCAUACGUAUCUUGGAUCAAUAGCCAAUAA